AUGGGCAGCGGCAGCAGCCGGAGCGGCCGGAUCCCGAGGCGGCGGCGGCGCAGCCCGGACAGGCGCCAGGCGGGCCCUGGAGAGGCAACCUCGGAGGGCGGCACGGCUCACCAGGCCCCGACGGCCGCGACACCGGAGGAGACCGGCCGCGAUCCCCGCCCCGCGACGCCCCCCGGCGGCCGGGAGGAGACCCUGCGCCUGCUGGACCAGUUGCUGGCCGAGUCGGAGGCCUGGGGACCCCGGGAGCCGUCCCCACGCGGCCCCGCCCGGCUCCCUCCCGCGGUGUCCCCAGAAAAGAAGAUUAAGGACACCCCGGAAGACAGCUGUGCCUCUGAAGCCCCAAGCAGCAGCCACAAGAGGCCCGAGGGGCAGUCGGCCAUCUCCUACGAUUACUCCGAAGAGGAGCUGAUGGCGAGCAUUGAGAGGGAGUACUGCCGCUGAGCUGGCCUGGCAGGCCUGUGAGCUGGGCGAAUCAGAGGGUACCACCACCAUACCCUGCCCGUGGCCCAGCCAGAGCAAACCCACUUCUUGAAUACAGCCAUCUUUCCAAACUGAUUUUUAAAG